CUUCUUCGCAUCUUUUUCCAUUCCAUUAUGAGCUUCUUUUUCUCUCUCUCUCUCUGUCUCUGCUGCAUUAAUUCAUAGAUAGAUAGAUAGAAUAUUGUACUGCUAUAUAGCUAUCUACCUAGAGCCAGCUCUAGUUUGGUACCUGCACGACCCCGCACUGUAUUCCUAUCUAGCUACCGAGGAAAGGAAUCUCAUUCUCACCAUAAUCAAGAGCUAGCCAGAAUCAUGCGAGAAGGAGCAGCGGGAGGAGGGGAUCCAGUGAAUCUAUCGGUCAAUGGGCAGUCACAGGUCCCCCCCGGCUUUAGAUUCCAUCCCACCGAGGAAGAGCUCCUCCAUUACUACCUCCGCAAGAAGGUCGCCUCCGACCAGAUCGACCUCGACGUCAUCCGCGAGGUCGAUCUCAACAAGCUCGAGCCCUGGGACAUCCAAGGUGAGAGGUGCAAGAUAGGGUCGACGCCGCAGAACGACUGGUACUUCUUCAGCCACAAGGACAAGAAAUACCCGACCGGAACCCGAACCAACCGGGCCACGGCGGCCGGGUUCUGGAAGGCUACGGGGAGGGACAAGAUCAUAUACAGCAGCUACAAGAGGAUCGGGCUGAGGAAGACGCUGGUUUUCUACAAGGGCCGAGCCCCUCACGGCCAGAAAUCCGACUGGAUCAUGCACGAGUACCGCCUCGACGAUGCCGCUUCUCCAGACACCACCACCACGCUCAUCACCUCUUCCCCUGGAUUGAGUAACUAUAUACUUGGAGGAGACCAAGGAGGCUCCGAAGAAGGGUGGGUGGUUUGUCGGGUGUUCAGGAAGAAGAACUAUCAGAAGAGCCUGGAAAGCCCCAGAUCAGGAUCCUCCACCAACAACUCCAUCCUCCACCAUCACCACAACCCGGGGGAUUCGAAAUCACACAUCAUCGUGACGUCAUCUCCCGCCGCCAGCUACCUCCGUGGCACCACUACUACAACUGUAGCUAGCGGCGACGACGACAAUGGAGUUCUGGAUCAAAUACUCUUGUACAUGGGCAAGCAGCAGCAGCAGCGCGACACCGACUGCAAGGCAGAGAUCAACUACGACAACUCGUUUGGCAUGAGAGCAAACGAACACUUGCAGGACAGGUUCAUUCAUCUCCCACGGCUGGUCGCCGAUCACGAAAACCAACACCACCAGCAGCAGCAACAACAAGACAAUUGUUUCAGUACGACUACCAGCAGUAUUGGCUACCAGCAGCAAUCAUUCGGGGAGGAGGCGAUGGUGACAGUGACCACGGAGAAUAAUAAUAUUAUUAAUAUUCACAACAACAACAACCAUAAAUAUUUUAAUAUGAAUAAUAAUGAAGCUUCCUGCACCAACCAAGGUACCGGCUUUGAUGUGACAGCUUCGGGUAACGACAACAGACCAGGAGGAGGAGGAGGGGUGAUAAAUGACUGGGUUGCCCUCGACCGCCUCGUCGCCUCCCAGCUCAACGGCCACCUCGACGACGAGGUUGACCUGCUAAACGACGACGGGGACGACGACAUGAUCGACGACCACGACGACACUACUGGUGGUGCUCAUCCUCACCAUCAUCAUCAUGACAACAAGGCAGCGCGGCACCACCACCACCACCCGAUGUGCCACGGUGGCGGCAGCAUCGACGACGGCAAUGAUCUCUGGACCAGCUUCACCACCAACACCACCAAGUCCGCGUCUUCUCCCUCAUCAUCAUCACACCCAUUAUGCCACUUGUCGGUUUAAUACCUGCCGUAAUCAUGCCUAGCUAGCCCUACUACUACUACUACUACUCUAUUACAUGUAACAUGCAUAUAGAUACAAAAAAGGAUCCAUAUCGUAUCAUCAGCUCCACAUGCAGAAAAAACCUAUACCCCCAAAAACCUCUCAUUACAGUUUACAGUACCGUGAGUUUAGGUAAUCAUUAGGGUUGUCUAGUGAAGUCGUCGAGGUGUUUGCUUUUCUUUUUUUUUUUUAUUUUAUAAAAAAACCUUUUAUUUUCUACUUUCUUCUUUUUUGUUGUUGGGUUUGUUGAGGUGGCUACUAUAGGGUUCGAUGUACGGUAUUGUUAUCAUAUUACACACGUUUAUGUAUGUAUGUAUACGAUUAAUGAUUGAUAGUGGUGUAGCAGCUGCAUGCAUGUAUUUCAUAAAUAAAGAAACAGAAUCCGGUGGUGAAAAUGAAAUAUUGUUUGUGCCUUGCCUUUCCCAACUUAUUGCUUUAUAUAUGAUCUGAAACGGACGUCCUAUCUUGUUUCGAUAUUUGUCAACGAGAUACUCCCUCCCUCCUCUUUUUGAAAAAGAUGUGACG